CGCCUUUCACCCUUUGGUCAACAACAAGAUGGCGGCCUCCUGCUGGUAAGGGUCAUAUUUUUCGAUGGCCUUCAGAGUUAUGAAAUUGAAUUCGCGCUUAUUUCUUUCAACGCAAGCAUGUUGUGUUUUAUGCCGCAGGAGCACCCGUCAGGACUCAAAGCUGUCGAUCACAGGCAGCAGACACUUUGGAUCCCUCCAGAGAAUCAAUGAUUAUGGUGUUGCUAACCCAUCGACUGCCUGCGGGCCCUGCGUAACGACUGCUCUGACAAAUCAUCCAAGUGCUCGUCAUCGUCACCGGAGUCAGACCAGUCAGGGUCUGUCAUUAUUAUGCUUCUAUCUGCCACAGGAAAGAUUUCAGAGAAGGACAUUUGCGAACGUCGGAACCAGAAAGUCCCCAACCCACUAUUAUGAUGUGUUGGAGCUUAGUCCAAAAGCCACUCAGAAUCAAAUUAAGAGUGCUUAUUACAAGAAGUCAAAACUCCACCAUCCUGAUGUAUCUCAGCGUCCUGAGAGUCACAAGCUCUUCACUGAAAUAAAUGAAGCAUAUGAAGUUCUAGGAAACCUGAGAAAGAGACGCAUGUACGACCAAGGAGUUUAUAGUACCAGACAACAUGGACAACAACCCGGAUCUCAUACCAGUGAACAAGAUUACACAAGAGAGUACCGUCAGAGAUCACAUUUCGACCGAGGAGAAAGACCACCGCCUCCGAGGGGCCACACACGUAUCUACAACUUUGACGAGUUUUAUCGCCAGCACUACAACGACAUGCGGGAACGCAGAGGACGGGAGCACGCCGAGUUCGUCAAGCACAGAGAAAUGAUGGAUGAGAGACUGAAAAGGAGGAGUACAGAAAUGUCGGCAUUUGUCUCCGUUCCCUUGUGGUUUACUAUUCUGUUUCUCUUCAUUCUGAUGUUUGAGAACUAUGACCGUGAUAUUUUGGUGGAUCCAAAACAAAGAGAGACAAGACAGUAUGAUUCUUUAGGCAAAAUACCACAGCCUAGAGAUAGAUAGUCUUUCGCUUAAAUGUAGCAAUACAUAUUUGUACAUUUGAAUGUACAUAUAAUAUACAUAGUGUUUAGUUGUUGUGUACAGCAACAUUUUAUUUAUUGAGCUGUGUUCUCAAUAUAAUAGAAUAUUGGGGAAUGUGAAAUACAUUUUAACAGAUAUUUUACUUGUCAUGAUUAUCUUCAUCAUUCUCGCUCUAUCAAUAUUAUCUUCAUCAUUCUCGCUCUAUGAAACUCUUGAUAAUGAAAGUGUGCGUGUGAUUUCAAACUUAACACGUUGUAGAACACCAGAUAAAAACCUGUUACCUUCAAGCGAGAUCAGAGUCUUCAAGAAUAUGGCUUGUAAGGUGUUAUUUCAUGUAGGCUACAUGGUAAUUGUACCCUAGAUGACUUCGCUCUGUCAAUAUUAUCUUCAUCAUUCUCGCUCUAUCAAACUCUUGAUAAUGAAAGUUUGCGUGUGAUUUCAAACUUAACACGUUGUAGAACACCAGAUAAAAACCUGUUACCUUCAAGCGAGAUCAGAGUCUUCAAGUUCAAGAAAUAUGGCUUGUAAGGUGUUAUUUCAUGUACAUUGUAAUUUUACCCUAGAUAUGACUUGUGAAUGUCUUCUUAUUAUUCAGGUCUAUUUCCUUUCAGUUUUACUUUUCAAAUUUUUGGGGGUUUCUUUGCGUUUUCAACACCUUGUGUUACAAUAAGGGGACUUCCAAGACUUAAUCUCUGUGGAAACCAAUACGCUGCACAACUGAUACUCACUGUAUGCUUCAAGUUCCCAGGAAGUUGAGAUUGUUUCAAAUUGCUAUCAGGUCUGCCGGUGUAAUUGUAUGGAUUGUGAAGUGCGUAGAGACCUUGCUGUUGACGAGCAGAAAUAUGCGCUAUACAAAUGCUGUCUAUAAUUAUUUUUAUUAUUAUAUUGAUCACCGAUUGCAAUGCCGAUUGGCUGAUAGGAGAUUGUCCAGUCCAAGGGAACCCCGUGUGCACUCCUGGGUGUUUUUACUUCUGUGUGGUCAAGCUGGUUUUGUCCUUUGUAGCCUUGUUAUUAUUCACCCAACAUCACAUGACCUACAUGCCAGUGGGACAGCGGUUAGGGACACUCUGGGAAAUAUUUUUCUUGUGCGGGAAUCGCACACGGGCACACGGAAGAUGUGAGCUCCAUUCCCUGUGUGGGGAGAUUUUAUUUCUAAUAUCUCCAUAAUAAUAAUAUGUCUGCUAGGAUGUUGCAUCGCUCUCAGACUCUCAGCCCACAUUGGCUCUGCCAGGCAAGGUGGAAGCAGAGAGCGUAGUAAAUUAUCUAAAUUGUGUCGUUGGGGACUUAAGUUAAAACAUCUACUAUUAUAAAAUAGACCUUGGAUGAUAUGUCAUUGUCUCUCUCUGCAGAAUGUGAUUAUGAUUGACGGAGAAAAUAAACUUGAACAUCAGCCUUAA